GUGCGGAAAGUCCCAGCCAGGUGUGUGGGUCUAUGGGGAAGGGGUGGCCCCACCCCUGAGGUAUGAAAGCCCCCCUGCCCUGGCCCUGGCUCAGUCUCCAUGGGGACACUGGGGCUAGAGGGCCGGGGUAGGAGGCCCCAGGGGAAGGGCUGCCUCCUGCUGGCUGUGGCAGGAGCCACCUCCCUGGUGACCCUGCUGCUGGCUGUGCCUAUCACUGUCCUGGCUGUGCUGGCCUUGGUGCCCCAAGAGCAGGGAGGACAGGUAACAGGGACGGCUGACCCGGGGGCACAGGCCCAGGCCCAGCAGCGAUUGGGGACACAGGUGCUGCCAGAGGAAGAGGCAGGAACAGGUUUCAGCUCCAGGCUCCCAGCUGCCCACCUCAUAGGUGCUUGGACGAAGGGGCAGGGGCUAGGCUGGGAGGCCAAGAAAGAAGAGGCGUUUUUGAGGAGCGGGACGCAGUUCUCCGGCGCCGAGGGACUGGCGCUCCCACAGGACGGCCUCUAUUACCUCUACUGUCACGUCGGCUACCGGGGUCGGGCGCCCCCUGCCGGCGGGGGCCUCCUUGACCACUCGGUCACGCUGCGCAGCCGGCUGUACCGGACGGGGGGCGCGUAUGGACCGGGGACUCCCGAGCUGCUGCUGGAGGGCGCAGAGACCGUGACCCCGGUCUUGGACCCGUCCCGGACGCACGAGUACGGGCCUCUCUGGUACACAAGUGUGGGCUUCGGGGGCCUGGUACAGCUCCGGAGGGGCGAGAGGGUGUACGUCAAUAUCAGUCACCCCGAUAUGGUGGACUACAGGAGAGGGAAGACCUUCUUUGGGGCUGUGAUGGUGGGGUGAGGGCCGCUUGCGGUCCCGGGGAAAGCGACUGCGUGGCUGGAAUGUGUGACCCAGCCCAGAUAUUGGGGACCCGGCCUCCAGGGACCCCGUGGCAGUGGGAAAAAUGUAGGAGACUGUUUGAAAAUUGAUUUCGAGCCUGAAGAAAAUAAAGAAUGUAAACCUUUAGUGCUGCCAAAUACAGAUGCUGAGAUGCUA